GGGUUCGGAAUCACUGUCAAAAAUGUCAUUCGAGAUUAGUUCAGUUAUCAAGUUCUAUAUUCGCGGGUUACAUCGAUUGCGUUAAUUAUUGAUUAUUACGUAAAGUAUGGUUCACAUUUUAAUAAACGUAAUACAGUUUAAAACUGAAGCAAUACAUUUGUUUUUUUAUAAUUAUAUAAAAAGCGUAUCAACAUAGAAGCGUUCAAUUUGACACUUAUAAUUACUCGAUGUUUUGCAACAAGAAGUAACUGUUUUGUGUGUAACCAAUCAGAUAUCGGCAAUUUGACGUAACACGAAAUUUGUUGGGGGAGUUUCAAGUUUGGAGCCGAGUUCGAAAUUAGUUUACAGUGACGAGUGAUAUAGAAAGAGGUAGGAAUCUUUAAUAUACAUAAUAAACGGUGCUCCUGAUAUUUUUUCUUAAAAAAUGGAACAUUCUAAAGAAACUGAGCAAGGAUUGUUUAAUAUAAAAAGGGAAGUGGAUUCGAUGGAUGAUUUCGAACAUUUAGAACACGACUCGAGUCCAUUACAGGAUUUAUUGGGUUUAAAAUCGGACAAAGAGGUGACAGCACCUGAAACAGUUCAUGAGAUCAAUAACACGCCCAAGACCGCGGUGAGUGAUAAAACCGGUGGAGCUGAUUUGUUAGCCUCUUUGGAAGAACCUUUAAUUCCAGAAAAAAUGAAUAGGAAUUUAUUAGAAGACGAUUUUCUUGAAAGCGAACACAACAAGGAUAAAUUGGAUCAAUUCUUACAUUCUCCUUUCGACCACGGAGAUAACAAAUUAUCGUCUGCAAAUCUAAUAGAAGCCGAAAAAGUGAGUGAACCGCAGAAGAAGGAAGUUGAUCAAUUUUUAGAUUUCGAACAAAAUGUCAGUGAUUUCAAAUCUAAAUUACCUGAGGAUACGUUCAAACCUGAACCUACUUCAACUCCGCCGGUUCAUCCAAUAGAACCCGAGAUAACUGUAAGUCCGAGUGUUCAAGUUCCAGAACGUCCAGUUACAAAUGAACCAGAAAAAACUAUACCUACAGCUACGGCUCCAGUUGUGGAAAAAAAAGUGGAAAUUCAAGAAAAUAUAACGAAAAAUGUUAUAGCAGAUAAACCGGCUGUAGUUACACCGGCUAAAAUAGCUCCCACUGACGCUGCAGCGAUUUUUUGUCAAAUGGGUUUAGAUGCAUGGUUUAAUCCUGAAAAAUUGGAUCCCAAAGUGGAGAGUCUGAUCUACUGGCGCAAUCCAAAAAAAUCCGGCCCAGUUUUCGGUGGUGUUCUCGUCGUGCUUUUGGCGCUGACUUAUUUUUCUUUAAUCAGCGUUGUAGCUUACCUUUCGUUCUUCGCUCUGGGCGUAACCGUAGCCUUUAGAAUUUACAAAAAUAUCGUACAAGCCAUACAAAAGACGGGAGACGGACACCCAUUCAAGGAAUAUCUCGAAUUGGAUAUAUCGUUAUCUCAAGAUAAGGUUAAUCAAUUCACCGCUGUCGCGGUUGCGCAUAUCAAUGCCGCCAUAUUCGAACUCAGGAGGUUGUUUUUGGUCGAAGAUCUAGUCGAUUCCAUCAAAUUUGGAGUUUUAUUGUGGACUUUAACUUACGUUGGAGCUUGGUUCAAUGGAAUGACACUAAUUAUUAUCGGUUGGGUAGCGUUAUUCACUCUUCCAAAAGUAUACGAAGCUAACAAGACUCAAAUCGACGCCAAUCUGGAAGUGGUCAGGACAAAAUUGGCCGAAAUUACCACAAAGAUAAAGGCAGCUGUACCGGUGGGCAAGAAGGGCGAGGAGAAGAAGGAGCAAUAAAUGAUUGGGGGGAAUCUUGCAUAAGACGAGAACUCAUAUGUACUAUACAUUAAUUUAUUAUUCCAUUCAAAAUGUUCUUAUGUAAUUUUUCCGAAUAUAAUUAGUGUACAUAUAUAAGAUGUUAUUUUAACAUUUUUUUAAAAUUUUAUUUUCAAUGUUAUUUUUUUUUGUAAUUCAUAUCGAUCGAUAUGAAUUACAAACUUAAUUUAAAAAAAAUGUCUAAUAUAAUUUUUUGCUUUUUUUUUUAAAUAAUUUUUAUUGAAUUUGUUAAGUGUCAAUGUUGCUCAAAACCAACGAAAACGAAUUUAUUAAUAACUCGUUUUGUAUUUUAAAUUUAAGAGCAAUUUUGACAAUUAAUUUUCCAUCGAAAGAUUCGUUUGUUGUUUGGUUGACGAAUAUUAAUAGAAAAACGAUAUAUAAGGCCCUGUUACCAAAUUGGAAGAUAAGGCCAUGCUAUCAGUGGAAGGUAAGGCCCUGUUUGUUGAUUAGAAGGAGAGGGCCUGCUAUAUAAGUCUAAUGAAGUUAAUUUGAUAUAUCUAUUAUUUAUUCACUAGUAGGGCUUUUUGGAUUUUUUAAAUUUUUCUAGUUAUAUCGUGAUUUUUCAAUUUGAUUUAUCAGGAUCUUUGGGUAUACUCUUAAUAGUGGAGGAAUUGGACUUUCGGAUUGUUUUCUAUCGUUAAGCGUGUUUUAAAACUGGUACUAAACUAAAUAAAUGAAAAAAUUUUGGUGGUUAAAGAGAUAUUUUGAGGUAUUUUCAAUUUAUUAAUAUUCUCGUGAAAGUUGUCUACUUCCUUAAUGAGUCACAGAAACUAAAAAAAAAUUCAAAAUAUUCAAUUAUGACUAAAGAAUUUCAAAUAACUUUAAAAGUACUAUAAAAAAGUUUUCUCCCUUGCUGAGUCCUCCAAAUUUGAGAAUGAUAUAAAAAUGUCAAAAUACUUCAUUGAUAAGUCACCAAUAACAUAAAAAUAGUAAAAAACAAGUCGAAUUCUUUUAUUCAAUGACUUUGUAAAUACUAAAAAAAUGUCUAUUUCCUUGAUGAGUCAUAGAAACAGCAAAAAAACUCUUGAAAAAAUUUGUCAAAAUCUUCAUGUAUGACUAAUAGAUGUUUCAAAUGUCUAUGAAAGUACUAUAAAAAAAUGUUUGAUCCCUCGAUGAGUCCUUAAAACUUGGAAGUGAUAAAAAAUGUUUAAAUUCUAAAUUGAUGAGUCACCAAUUACUUAAAAAUAGUAUAAAACAAGUAGAACUCAUUUAUUAAUAUUAAUGACUUUGAAAAUACAAUAAAAAAAUAUAUACUCACUCCCUUGAUGAGUCACAAACACUUCAAAAAACUGAAAAUUCAAAAAAAAGUCAAAAUCAUCAUUUAUGACUAAUAGAGGUUCCAAAUGACUUUGAAAGUACUGUAAAAAAAUGUUUGAUCCCUUGAUGAGUUCUCCAAACUCGGAAGUGAUAGAAAAAGUCAAAAUUCUACAUUGAUGAGUCACCAAUUACUUAAAAAUGUUCCAUCUCCUGACGAGUCCUCCAGACUUUUUCAUUGAUGAGUCACUAAUAUUUUAAAAAUAGUAUAAAACAAGUCGAAUUCAUUUACUAGUAUCAAUUACUUUGGAAAUACUAUAAAAAUGUCAAAAUUUUCCGUUGAUGAGUAACAGAGACUUGAAAAACAUCAUAAAAAUGUCUACUUCCCCAUUUGUUAACCAAUAGAUAUUUUCAUUGACUUUGAAAUCAAAUUUCUCUACAGAUUAAUUCCUGUUGGUAGCCGAACAUCUUCUAUUUUUUUUUUCGAGCCUAAAUAUCAUUGGAAUCCAUUAAAUUCCCAGUCCCAUUUCCGUUUUUUGGUAACGUCUCGUUUGGAAGGAAAAACAACAAACGAAUUAUCGAUUAAUCGAUUAUUGAAAAUCGCUCGUUUUAGGAUAAUUUUCGAAUGAAUCGGUACGUGGUUUAAACGAUUUUGUCGUCUCUAUAUGUGAUGCUGUAGUUUAGUGAGCACGCGAACUGCAUUGAAAUCAAUUUUUUUUUCCGUUGAUAUUUUUAAAGUUGAAUUUAUUAAUUGAUAUUUUAUUGAUACGGUGUUUUAAUACACCUCAUAUAGAUAUUAAAAAAUUGUGUUAGUUGAAUAAAAAGAGGGUGGAUUAAGCCGGUGACACACUGCGCGGCUUUUGCCGGAUCGGGAUGAAAAAUAAAACGAAGUAGCCGUGUCGCUGCAAAAAUAUUUAAAUCGUUAAAAUAUCAUAAUAAGUGUUGUUAUAGUUAUUUUUUUCCCCAUUGUUGGCUACCAUUUUUCCUUUACCAAAUAAUUCUUUUUUAUCAUAAUUUCGUUUGUUUUACGAUAUAGUGUCGUUUAAAAUUUAUGUUACUCAAAUUUCCUAAAAUAAAAUGAGAGGAUUAAGCAGGUGAUACCCUACGCGGUUUUUGCCGGACCGUACAAAAAAAAAGAUAAUUAAGCUGAUAAUACACCGUGCGGCUUUUGCCGGAUCGCACAAAAAAGAGCGAAUUGAGCUGAUAACACACUAUGCGGGUUUUGUCAGAUCGUACGAAAAAAGGGAGAAUAAAAAAGGAAAAGAUUUCAGUCGGUGACAGACGCGGUUUUUACCGGAUCGUCUUAAAAGAUAGAAGAUAAAGACGAUGACACACCGUAGGAUUUUCGCUAGAUUCAACGAAAAAAAAAGUAGAUUAGGCCGGUGACACACGUUGCGGUUUAUGCCGGAUUCACACUAAAAAAGGUGUAAGAAGUAAGUCGAAGACACAAACGCAUUUAUUACCUAAUCGUACGAAAUAAAAGAAUUUAGUCGAUAACACACCGUGUGGUUUUUGCCGGAUCACAUGAAAAAAGAAUCAAGACUGUCACAUAGGCGCGGUUUUUACCGGUGACAUAUUGCGCAAUUUUUACCGGAUCGCAUUCAAAAAUAGGGAAAAUCAAGCCGUUGACACACGAAGCGGUUUUUACCGGACCGCAUUAAAAAGUAAGGAAAAUUAAGCCGAAGACACGGGGCGAUUUUUACCGGAUAGUACGAGAAACAUUAUUUAUAUCGUUAAAAUAUUAUGAUACGCGUUAUUUAAAAUUAUUUUUUUUAAUAUAAUUUCGGUUUUUUACGAUAUCGUGACGUUUUAAAAUCAUAUUUUCCAUUCUUCUAUCACCAAUGAAGUAAUAUCACGUGACUUUAUGGACAGUUCAGUUUCGUUAAGCGAUCUCGUGUGAACGACCCUUUAUCGGCGAUGAUUCCUCGUUUAUUUAUCCAAUCAUUUCGAUCACUUCAGUUCGGUUAUGUCGAAAUAACUGUCAAAAUCGAAUGAAACGAAAUUUGGUAACCUCACAAUUACUAAGUUUUCCUGCACUAUAACGAGAUAAAAAUUAUAUAUUUUUAAGUAGAAUUUGAAAAAAAAUAUAUAUAUACGAAAAUUUUUAAUGUCUUUGUGUGGAAACAGAGAUUGUAUCCACUAUAUAUAUUAAUAUAAAAGGUUAAUGCCCUCUCGUUUAUAAUUUAGAAGAAAAUUUAUAAAAAAAGAAGAAUAUUUGAUAUGUCAAAAAUGAAAUUUAUUUCAACUGUUGCGAACUUUUAUAUAGCUUUGUAUAAUUUUGCUUUCGAAAUUAUCAUUAAAUUGUUUAUAUCUGCUUA